CACAGCCUGGCUGCUUGUGCUCCCCUUCCCGUCCCACCCCGUGGUCGGGUGCUUCGGGGGUGCCCGGUUCUCAGCGGAUGCAUCGCUUCGAACUUCCGCAGUAGACACCAAACCACAGCAGAUGCUGCAAGCAGAGCCCUGCAACCAAGUGCAGCCAUGGCUGAGGGCAGGAGCGGGGCAGGGCUGUUCGCCAAGCAGGUCCAGAAGCAUUUCAGCAGGGCGCAGGAGAAGGUCCUGCAGAAAUUGGGCAAAACAGUGGAAACCAAAGACGAGCAGUUUGAGCAGAGCGCCCACAACUUCCAGCUGCAGCAGAAUUAAGCCAACAACACUCUACAAAACCUGAAGAUCUUUGGGCUUCAUGCAUUGAAACCGAUGCACGAGAGCUCACGAAAAGUGGCUGAAACGCUGCAGGAGAUUUACAGCACCGAAUGGGACGGACACAUGGAGCUGAAGGCCAUCGCAGACAGCAAUGACUUGCUGUGGGAUGACUACGAGGCAAAGCUGGGUGACCAAGUGCUGCAUCUGAUGGAGAAUUACCUGGCACAGUUUGGGGACAUUAAGGAGCGCAUUGCCAAGCGCGGCCGUAAGCUGGUGGACUACGACAGCGCCCGGCACCACCUGGAAGCGCUGCAGAACGCCAAGAAGAAGGACGAGGCCAAGAUUGCCAAGGCUGAGGAGGAGUUCAACAGAGCACAGUCGGUGUUUGAGGAGCUGAACCGGGAGCUGCGGGAGGAGCUGCCUGAGCUGUAUGGGAGCCGCAUCGCCUGCUACGUCACCAUCUUCCAGAACAUCUCUAACCUGCGUGACAUCUUCUACAAAGAGAUGAGCAAGCUCAACCGUGACCUCUAUGAGGUGAUGGGGAAACUGGACAAGCAGCACUCCAGCAAAGUCUUCAUCAUCAAAGGUGUCCCCAGCAACCGCCGCUCGCUGCUCAUCUCAGCCCCCGUCAGCCCCCCUGCUGUGUACCCGUGCCCGGGGAAGGCACCCAGCUGGGACCCCUCCUCAGGAGCAGAGCAGCCCCCAAUGUCCCCCGGGGUGGGCAGUGAUGGCACUGAGGAUGUCCCCAAUGGCUCCGCAGUACAGGAUCCCGCUGAGCCGGGUGCCCCCGUGCCUGGGCCCCCUCCGGCCUCACCUGUGAGUCUGGGGUCCACAUCAGAGUCAGAAUGCAGUGAGGAGAGCUGUGAGAUCAACCUCAGCCCCAAAGAGAUGGAGGCGUCCACAGGCAGCGAAUGCCCUGAAUACCCCAAAGCUGAAGGGGCUGCCGGGGGGGCAGUGGAGGGCAUCGCUGCAUCCAUGGCCUCCAUCAUCCUCUCUGAGGCCAUCACUGCGGCCAGCAGCGCUGCUCCAGGGGACAGCAUCGACAGUGAGACCAGCCCCGUGGGGGGGGUGUGGGGGUCUUCAUCCCCAGAGGGAUCGGAGGAGAGCAUGGAGGGGACGGAUGUGUCCCAGGAGGUGGGGCUGGAUGCAGGGCCCUGUGAGCAGGACACACCUGGAGCACCGGAGCAGGACGUGAGCUGUGCCCCCCCCCCCCAGGAGCCCAGCGAGUCCCUCACCCCACUGUGACCCCCACGCUCAGAGCGGUGCAGGCAGCGAAGGGGGAGCAGCGUUAUGGGACCGCCUGCAUGUACCUGUAAUGUGCUUCACAACACUCAGAGCUGAAAUAAAGGCAGGGGGCAGCGGCAGCACCUGGAAAUGCA